UCACAACUAGACGAACCAACAAAAGACAACACCUUUGAUUUCAAGUUGAGUGCGACGAAACCAAAUAUUGAAAUUAAGGUGGAUAAUGAUUUCAUUGAUUAUCUCAGUUUAGAGAUUCAUGUGAAUACGAGGGGGACAUUAUUACCGGAUCCUCAACAAGAUGUAGUGCAAGUGAUAUUUUGGUGCUUACAAACAAAAGAUCGAUGUUUUCCAUACAAUGGGUAUUCAGGGUAUCAUGUAGGUAUCAUUGCUCUCAAAAGUUUUGAUAUAUCCAAAGUAGGCCUAAGCAACACGCGUGCCAUGAUCGAUUAUGCAGACACCGAGGAAGACUUGUUUAGCUUUCUCAUCAACAGAGUUCGUCAUUUUGAUCCCGAUAUGCUGGUAGGUUACGAAGUCCAAAACGCAUCUUGGGGUUAUCUCGUGGAACGAGGUGUAGAAUUGGGUAUUCACUUAUUGGAUGAACUCUCUCGUAUCGCCAUGUCCACAGACAGUAUCAAAAAAAGUCAAUGGGGAUAUCAAAAGACCUCGGUGUAUAAAGUAUGUGGUCGACAUUUACUCAAUAUUUGGCGUCUAAUGAAGGGAGAAAUCACCUUGACCAGCUAUACUUUUGAAAACGUGGCCUACCAUUUACUUCACGAUAGAGUACCUCAUUAUUCGCAUGAAACAUUGACAACGUGGUACACA